AUGGGCCUCCCGUUCAAGAUCCGAUUGUUCCUGAAUCCAUGGGGGCAAUAUGAGAACUUUGAGCAUCUCCCGCCCGCUCAACGACAUGAUUUCGUUAUCAGUCGACUCGAAAAUGCCCGCAGAAGGGAAUGGUUCUGGGUGAUUCUGGUUGCCGGCAUAGGCUUCUUCACGGACACAUACUGCAUCUUCUCGGUUAAUAUGGUGACCCCGAUGCUCAGUGUAGUCUAUUGGGAUUACCAGCUCAUCUUUGGAAUCGCCGCUGAUAUUUGGGGCCGCCGCAAGAUGUACGGGCUGGAGCUUAUCAUUCUUAUUUUCAGCACCCUUGGGAUGUCUAUGUCGUCCUCGGGCAAGAGUGACUCCAUGUCCAUGAUUGGAGUCCUUCUGUUCUGGCGCUUCUUCAUGGGUCUGGGUGUGGGAGCUGACUAUCCACUUUCUGCUGUAAUCUGCUCCGAGGGUCGGAUGCUAGCAGCCGUCUUCUUCUGUCAGUCCAUCGGGGAAGCAGCAGCAGCUUUGGUCGCUCUCAUUGCCGUUGCUGGAUUCCGUCACAGCCUACCUAAUGAUCCUUACCAUCCGGAUUGCGGAGACAGCUGCACCCGUGACCUCGACAAGAUUUGGCGGCUCAUUGUCGGCCUGGGAGCAGUGCCUGCCUUUAUCGCACUCUGGUUCCGGUUAACCAUCAUUGAAUCACCAAGGUAUACCGUCGAUGUGUUGCAAGACAGCCUGCAAGCUGUCGCCGAUGUCUCUCAGUUCUAUCACCAAGAGAACCUCUCACAGUCAUCUAGCUCGAGCGUAGGUCAAGAGUCACAUGAGCGGGUCGAGUCUAUGUAUAUGCCCUCCCAUGUCGAGGAAGGCCGCAUCAUCUCUCCAGCCCCGUCUCAGCGCCCACGGACGGUAGAUUAUGAUCAUUUCAAGCGCUUUCUGCGACGUGGACACAAUCUGCGCAUUCUUAUGGCUAUUUCCCUGUGCUGGUUCUGUCUCGACUUGCCUUCCUACGGGCUAGGCCUGAUGAAUGCGGACGUCAUCAACGUUAUUUGGUCUGGCAGUCCAACUAGCACCGGUAGCACACUCAGCACCAAGCCAGUCGGAAUAUACAAAUACCUCUUGCGGAUGUCUUGCUGCUAUUCCAAGCCGAGAAAGAAGACAACUCAUGUCAAGAUCGCAGGACCAAACACCAUGACUUACAUCAUCCCUGCCGAGCUCUUUCCCACCCGAUUCCGCUCCACUUGUCAUGGCAUUGCUGCAGCGUCGGGCAAAUUGGGUUCCAUAAUUGCACAAUGCUUCUUGGGGUACGUGAGCUUCGGACACGACGCAAACUGGGAGUAUGUUUCAAACUGGCUAGGUUAUGCUCUCUUGUGUCUGGCAUUUUUCAUGCUGAUGGGUCUCAUCACAACGUACUGGAUUCCCGACACGAGAGACUCCCAGGGGAUCAACAAGUCCCUCGAGCAGAUUGCAGCGGAGAUGGAGCCAGACAGUGGAGAAAUUCCCUUCGAGCUCCGGGACGGUGACGGUUCUAGUGAGCACGCUCAUUUCGAUGGCUGA